AUUUGAUGUUAGCCUUCCAUUUUGUUUGCGUUCACUAAUUAAGUAUAUAUGUAACAAAUGACCGAGAAAAAGCAGCUGGGUUCAAAUUUAUUUCAAUAUCUAGCUACCUUUUCAUGUGCGUUAGGGUUAGUAAGCUAUGGAAUUAACACAACUUGGACUUCUCCUUUUCUUCCAUAUCUAACCUCAAACUCUUCAAUAAUUCCAAUCACAAAUGAAGAAGGUUCCUGGUUAGUAACGGCUCCGCUUAUUGGACGUAUGUUUGGAGCGAUUGCAGGUGGAUUGGUAGCUGAUAAAUUUGGAAGAAAAUGGUCAAUUUUGUAUAUGGCUCCUGUAGUUAUGACUUGCUGUAUUGCCAUUGCUUACAUAAGAAAUAUUUGGUAUUUGUGCCUUCUAAGAAGUCUGAUUGGUAUUGCAGAUGGUGCAAGUUAUACAAUAGUACCUAUGUACAUAGGAGAAAUUUCGUCUCCAGAAAUCAGAGGAUUUUUAUCCUCUUUCCUUUCUUUAUCUUUUAUUAUUGGUACACUCAUCAUUAACAUCAUCGGUUCCUUUUGGGAUAUCUAUACUUGUUCCAUGAUUUCAGCAUUAAUACCUGCAGUACAUUUUUUAAUUUUUAUUUUCAUGCCUGAAUCUCCAUAUUGGUAUUUAAAAGUUAAUAGGUAUGAGAGAGCUGAGAAAGCUUUUAAAAUAUUUAGAGGAACAUCGGAAAUUAGUAAACAGUUUGAAAUUAUGAAGACAUCAGUUGAAGAAGACAAAGCUGCUACAAAAUCUUCGUUUAAAGAACUUUUUACUGUUCGGAGUAACAGAAAAGCUUCUCUUAUUUGCUUGUUGGUAACUUGCUUACAAAGAGCUACAGCUAAAGCACCGCUCAUAUUUUAUACAAAGACUAUUUUUGAACAAACUGGAAGCACUAUUAGUUCUACUGUAUCGUCUAUAAGUUUUUGUUUUGUUGAGUUAAUUGUGGCAGCAAUAAGUGCAUAUUUCAUAAUAGAUAAAUUCGGAAAAAAGAAAUUAACUGUAAUAUCAGUGAUCGGUUCAAUUAUCGCACUUCUCACUAUAGGUUCAUAUUUUCUCUUAAAAGAUUUUAAUAGCAGCUUAAUAAAUAGUUUGAAUUACCUACCAAUCACUUCUUUGGUGACAUAUAACAUCUUUAACAGUAUCGCUAUUAGUUUUGUUCCAUUCUGUUAUGCAAGUGAAUUAUUUCCAACAAGUGUUAAAUCUAAUGCUUUGACUUUAGUUGAACUUACUAUGGUAUUUACAGGAAUGAUAACCGCGAAAAUCUUUCAAACUACUGGAGAUUAUUUUGGUAGUUUGACAAUUCCAUUUUUUGGAUUUUCUGCAUUUAGCGUCUUAUUUUUGAUACUAGUAAUUAAAAUAGUUCCGGAAACUAAGGGUUACACUUUAGAAGAAAUUCAGUUAUUUUUAAAAGGUAAUAAAGUAGUGCGACUAUGAAUACACUGGCAUAAAUUAAAUUUCGUUGUGCUGUUCCUAGUUGUGGUAAUAUACAUUAUUGUAAAGUGGUAUUUUUUAUAUUGUAUCUUAAAAAAUGACGUUAUAUUUUUUUUAAAUAAAUAAAUUAAAAUAUAUA